AUGCCGGAGCCGGUAGCCAAUGAGGCUGAGUCGGAAGAGGCCGAGGCGCCGCCGGCGCCUCCGGCGCCAACGCCAGCUGCGCGGCCGCGGGCGGAGGCGCCGGAUGCGAAGCGCCUGGCGGCGGCAGCGGCGGCGGCCCGUGGAGCGAGAGGUCUUCAAGGCCGUGAAAGCGACUCCGACAGCGACUCGGAGUACUCGAGCAUGAGCUCGGAUGACGAGGAGGAAGAAGAGGAGGCGCAACCUCUCAUGGCACUACCUGUGCCCACGGGUGGUCCUGAGCCGGACCUCAAUGGCAAAGGUCCAAAGACAGCAGAACCCAAGGGGCACAAAGAAGACAAAGCAUUGCGGCAGAAACUUCUAGGUCUGGGCCUUAUAGGUGACCAAAAGGGGCGACUCCGUGGCUCCCUAUGA